AUGCACGAGCAGCAGCAAGAUAUAAUGCAACAAACGGAAGAGCACCGGCGAUUCCUAGAAGAACAGUUCCGGUUGUUGAAAGCGGCUGAAGAAGCUGUGGGUCUACAGGGGAAGCGUCUGGAGAGCCUAGUAGAGGCGGUGCAGCCUCAUCUUCAAGCGCGCUGGGGUGCGUUCGAGCAAGGAGCAGCACCUCCAUCGGGGAACCGCAGCUCUGAGACGCCUGUCACAGUAGCUGCUGGAACCAGCCAGCCGGUACCCCCGAUAUACCGAGGCAGCUCUAAGAAGGAGAAGCAUGACUUCAUGGAUAGUUACGCCAUCUCUACACGUCGCAUUAAAGCUUUAAACCAAGGCACACAAGCGAGCAUAUUUGUGAUGCCUCUUAGUGCCUGCAUCGAGCAGAGCACGAUGGUGCGCAUUUGUGGCUUUGAAUUAUUCAAGGAUGAGAGAGAUGUUACAGAAAGGGAAUGGAAGAACUACUUUUUGUCCGCUCACAUCCCAGAUCACACUGUAUUAUACACUAUCGUGGAUCGAUUAAACAUGGAAGACGUGAUUCAAACAGAACCAAAGAAAGUUAUCGGAUAUUUAGUGGAGGCUCUACGACCACCAGCAUUUAAAGCGACUGUGAAAGAUCAGUUGGGGCGUCAGAUCCACAAGGCGACUAAGUCGAGUAUUCAAGCAUUCUUGAAGUGGCUUCGGGUUGAGCUGGAGGGGUUCAUGCGAUUCGAGGCUCACAUCGCGGGCCCGCGAGGAACUGGAGAAGGUAAGGCCACGUCGAGUGAAGCUAAGCCGGCGACGGUGUCGUACAAAGCGAGGCCUCCAGCGCCAUCGAAGACAGAAAAACCAGACAAAACGUGUUUUAAGUGUGGCGAUCCGACCCAUGGUGUUUUCCCAUGCCCGAACAUUGCUAGUCUACUGGAGGCGAAGGAAAUAUACGAGAAGAGCACUGGAAAAAAGGUGAUGAAGCCCGUUUUGGUAGCCACUACCGGGGGAACAACGCAGGAGACGUCUGCAUCGAUUCCGUGCCUGGUGAUGGGAGCUGUGGAGACUUUAAUCACUCCCGACAGUGCUGCCUCCGUGUCUCUAGUGACAAUGAAAUUGAUUAACGACUUGAAGUCGGCCGGAGGAGAGGUGGAGAUGCAGCCUUUGGCAAAGCCAUCAGGCGUGACCGGCGUAGGGGAUAAGACCGUUUCUGUUAGGACCAAAGUGAAGCUAGAUCUGCGUUUUACGACUCCAGGAGAACCCUUGAUUUUGAGGACCGUAAACUGUUGGGUCACGGAGGACAGUCUUCCGGCUGGAGUUGGCGAUUCAUUGCUCUCGUAUUACAUCAUGGAGCAUCUAGGCUACAGCUCGAAAACAUUGAUUGCAGCAGCUCAGAGUUUGCAGGAAAUUUGGGAUAUGGGGGAUGUUGAAGACGAUUGUGAACUGGGUCUCUCAAAGGUUCUUGCGUACUCUGAAGCGCCUUCGGCGAUCGAGCCGACAGUAGAGAAAACCCAACUGCACGACGACAAAGACCGUGCGUGUUUUCCAAGUUUCGACGGUGCAACCCGAUCGGAAGAUGAUGAAGUGGCUGCGGUUCUGGAAGAGAAGCUUGCGGAAGUUAAAGAAGAGGGGGCGUCCCGCGAGUAUGUAGAGCAACUGCGAGUCGUGCUAGUGAAGUUCAAAGACGUGUUCAGACUGAAAAUCGGGAGGGAUCCACCCGUUGACAUGCCUGCGAUGGAAAUAACACUGAAACCUGGCGCAGUUCCAGUACGGUGCUGGGCUCGGCGCAACUCACCAGAGCACCGUGAGUUCUUGAAGAAGCAUAUACGUGAAUUGCUGGAAGCUGGCUUGUGUUACAGGAACUCUCAGAGUAAGUGGUGCUCACCUCCGCACGUGGUGCGGAAGCCUGGAGUGGGAAAUUUCAGGAUGACUGUGGAUGUAAAACUAGCAAAUGAGAAAGUUGAAAAGGUCGUGUGGCCAAUACCGAUUCUUGAGGUGGAAUUUGAUCGCCUACGCGGAUCGUCCCGUUACUUCUCGCUAGAUUUCUUUAAGGGAAUUUUCCAAUUCGUCAUGGCGGUGCACUACCCGGAGAUUUACUCUAUUCUAACUGAGGACGGAGUGGUCACGCCCACGCGCGUUCACAUGGGAGGAACGAACAGCGUGGCACAUGUGCAUUCGACCGUGCAAGCAAUGUUCGCGGAGGUGUUUAACAACGGGCUUCUCAUCUGGAUAGAGGAUCCCUUGGGAUACGAGAAGGAUGAUGUGGGUCUGUUGCAGUUGCUGGAACUGUGGUGCGGGCGCGUGGUGUCGGGCGAGGGUGUGCGUUACGACCCCGCCCGCUUUGAGGCACUGGUGCGAUUGCCACCUCCGUCGACAGGGAAUGAAUUGCAGCAGUUUAUAUGCGCAUUGAAUUGGAUGCGCAGCUCACUACCAGCGUACAAUAAGUUAGUGCAUCCGCUAGUACAACUCGUGGAAGAAAUCUACAAGAAAGCGGGUGGUCGGAAAAAGCAACUUGUGCGCAAGGUUGCUUUAAGUGAUGUUGGCUGGGGCCAUGAACAUCAAGAGUAUUUUGAGCGUUGUAAGACGACAUUGAGCAAGGCGUUGCAGCUGGCGCACCCGGACCCAGCCAAGCGUUUGUGCAUCUUCACGGAAGCCAGCGACCUGCACUGGAGUGCAGCAGUGACUCAAAUACUGCUUGACCAGCAGCACCAGCCCCUUGGCGAGCAAGAACACCAACCGUUAAUGAUGCUAAGCGGGACUUUCUCGGGAUCAGCUAAGCGUUGGGCUAUAGUUGAGAAAGCAGCCUAUGCGAUAGUGGAGAGUUGCCGGCGUGCACCGUACAUUUUCGACCCGCAUGGAGUGUCCAGUGCAGUACCCAAGUACACGGCCGACAAACUUCAUCGCUGGUCUCUACUGCUGAUGGCUUAUCGCUACGACAUCUUUGAUAUUGCAGGAGAUGAUAACGUGUGGGCCGACUUACUAUCAAGGUGGGGCUCGACGUUUCUAACUAUCAGUGCAAUAAGACAUCUGCAAAUGCCUUUAUCGCCGCAGUUGGAUGCGGAGUUUGUGUGGCCUUCACUUGAGGAGUUUCAACGCGCACAGGAGAGUGCGUCACUGCCUGAGGGAGCCCAUAAGUCGGACGACAACAGCAUCUGA